UGCGCAGCCGCAGUGCGUCUCAGCCGCCGCGGUAACGACCACCAGCUCUGCGACUCGGCAUGAGCGCUCUGGUAGCUCGGGCCCGGUGGGCCUGGGGCUCCUGGGGCCGCCGCGCCGCCUCGAGCCUCCGGGAGCCGCCGCCGGACGCCGUGGACGUGGCGGAGCUGCUGCGGGACUCCAGCGUGCCCGAGGACGGAGCCCAGGAGGCUGUGGCGCGGCGGCCGCCUUCGCGCUGUUCCGUGCUGCUCUUCCCGGGCCAGGGCUGCCAGGCGGUCGGCAUGGGUGGCGGCCUGCUCCGCUUCCCGCGUGUGCGGCAGCUCUACGAGGCCGCGCACCGGGUGCUAGGCUACGACCUGCUGGAGCUGUGCCUGCGGGGGCCUCAGGAGGACCUGGACCGCACAGUGCAUUGCCAGCCCGCCGUCUUUGUGGCUUCGCUGGCCGCCGUGGAGAAGCUACAUCACCUGCAGCCGGCGGUCAUCGAGAACUGUGUCGCUGCGGCUGGCUUCAGCGUGGGAGAGUUUGCAGCCCUCGUGUUUGCCGGAGCCAUGGAGUUUUCUGAAGGUCUGUAUGCGGUGAAGGUCCGUGCUGAGGCCAUGCAAGAGGCGUCUGAAGCCGUUCCCAGCGGGAUGCUGUCUGUCCUGGGCCAGCGUCAGUCCAACUUCUCCUUUGCCUGCUUGGAAGCCCAGGAGCACUGCAGGUCUUUGGGAAUAGAGAACCCGGUGUGCCAGGUGUCCAACUACCUCUUCCCUGACUGCAGGGUCAUCUCAGGACACCUUGAGGCCCUUCACUUUCUUCGGAGGAAUUCUGCUAAGUAUCACUUCAGGCGCACCAAGAUGCUGCCUGUGAGUGGAGGCUUCCAUACCUGCCUCAUGGAGCCAGCUGUGGAGCCCCUGAGGAAAGUUCUAGGCACAAUUAACAUCAAGAAGCCACUGGUGGCUGUCCAUUCCAAUGUCAGCGGGCACAAAUACACACAUCCACAGUACAUCCGAAAGCUGCUAGGGCAGCAGGUGGUGUCGCCAGUGAAGUGGGAGCAGACGAUGCACUCGAUCUAUGAGCGGAAGAAGGGCAUGGAGUUCCCCAGCACCUUUGAGGUGGGCCCCGGGCAGCAGCUGGGAAGUAUCCUAAAGUGCUGCAACAGGCAGGCGUGGAAGUCCUACAGCCAUGUGGAUGUGAUGGAGAACAUCAUGGACCCUGACCACUGAGGGCCGUGAGGGCAACAGCCCCGGGGAGCCUCUGUGCCUGCCUCCUUUCCUCAGACUUGAGGACAAUGGACACUGCAGUCUAGCUGUGGCUAAGGCUCCCUCAGAGCAUAGCCUGUGAGUGCCAAAGUGUGAUUUAGCCUGUCCUCCAGCUGACAGGAUAUCUGGACAACCUGCCCAGGCAGGAAGCUCCUCAGUGAAUCCAGAAGGGCUAGCCUGGGACAGUCUUAGACUCAUCCUGUGGGUGCUGUGGACACACUGCUUGGCUUCAAGCUAGGCCUGGUGCCGGAGGAUCUCCUCAGCCGCCUGUGGCACGUUGCCCACCCAGGGCCAAGACCUUCGCUCCUGCGGCCGUGAAUCUGCCUGGCAGCCUUGUUCUUUGCUCUCGUGACAGCUGGGAGAUUGGGUCCCAUGUGCCAUCCACACCUAAGAAGUCCAUAUUCAGUGCCUGUGUCUGCCCUAGAGUGGGGGGUCCUUUGUAUAAGAAACUAACGAUGUAAGGGGUGAGGUGGGUCUGGGCAGGAAGGAAGGCUGGGGACCCUGACCCUUCUAGGCCAGCCCUGUCAUUCAUACAGACACCUCACCAGCAAGUCACCCCUGGGGCAGUGUCUCACACUGUUCAUGGCUUCCCUCAGCACCGUGCCACAGCAGGAGUGGGGCACAGCUCUGGGAAGACACACAAUAAACAGGAGCCAUUCUAA